AAGAUGUGGCAAGGCGCCGCUGUGUGUUGGGCUCUGGUGUCAGUGGUACUGACUUCGAUAACUAUAGGUCCUUUAGAACCGAUACCGGAUAAAUUAAAGGAUGCUGAGGGCUGCUAUAUUUCAGAUUUAGACGUCCUGUUAGCUUUCAAUGAAACACUCAACACGGAAUGCCAGGAGAUAUCGUGUGACAUCAAAGCGGUUACUUACACCUCAUGCGGAUUAAUGAGAGCAACAGAACCGUGUGAGGUAUUAGAAGAUAAGGACAAGCCCUAUCCUGAGUGUUGCCCACGCAUCAAGUGCCCUGACUUAGUUAAUCCAACGGAAUUAGUGUCGACUGAAUGAUUAUAAAAUAGUUUUAAUAGUUUAAAAAUGAAAUGGUAUAAUGUAAUGUAGUUGAAAUAUAUAAAUAUAGUAAGAUGUAUCGACCAUUAUAAGGUUGAAACUGUUGUUUGCUUUUUAAAAUAUGUACUAUAAA